CAGAAAGGAAGAAGAGAAAACGUUAACCAAACUUUUUCUGUUUUACAUCCAAUGAAGAAGCCGGGUUUCCAUGUCCAGAGCUGUGAUUUGCUGUUCUUUCUUUCUCUCGUCCUGAAUGACAGUCUUCGGCAAACUUUUUUCCCCCUUAUUUCCAAGAUCCUUCAGAGCCGAGUCAGAAAGGGGGCAUCACUUCUGAUCUUAGACUCAGAAUCGAAAAGAACAGAAGAACGGAGAGGGGAGAGAGAGGCAGGGUUGCCCCCAUCAAUGUACUAACCCUUGGUGGAAGCCAGACUGCAAACUUAUGGCUGUGUGAAAAGUAACAGUUUUUUUCUCUGGGAUCUUGGCUACGAUUACUCUCCUGAUCAGAAGUUAUCACAAGUAUUUUUUUAUUUAAUCAAAUCGAUCCACAUUUUAGUGGACAUCAUUGGUGAUCAUGGAUACCCAUAUAAGAUGGAAAAUAAAACCUCGGAUAAGGAGGGACAUGCACCUUACUUUAGCAAUAGUUCUACUUUUUGUUACUUCGCAAGCCAGUUCAGCAGAUCCUGCAGAUCUCUUGAAGAUUUUAGAUUUUCACAGUUUACCAGAAGGGGUAACGAAAACAACAGGCCUCUGUGCACACAGAAAAUCCUCGAAAGGACCAGAUGUUGCUUAUAGAGUAUCCAAAGAAGCCCAGCUUAGUGCCCCAACAAAGCAACUAUACCCUGCUGCAGAGUUCCCUGAAGAUUUCUCCAUUUUAACCACUGUGAGGCCAAAAAAAGGCAGCCAGUCCUUCCUCAUAUCCAUCUACAAUGAGCAGGGUAUACAACAGAUUGGUCUGGAGGUGGGUCGCUCUCCAGUGUUCCUGUAUGAAGACCACACAGGCAAACCAGGACCAGAAGAUUACCCACUCUUCAGGGGCAUUAACCUGGCUGAUGGCAAGUGGCACCGUGUGGCAAUCAGUGUGCACAAGCAGACCAUCACUAUGAUUUUGGACUGUAAAAAGAAGACAACAAAACAUCUUGGGAGAAGUUCCAGCCCAAUAAUUGACACCAAAGGCAUCGUUGUAUUUGGAACUAGAAUACUUGACGAAGAAGUCUUUGAGGGAGAUAUCCAACAGUUAUUGAUAGUACCAGACCACCGGGCAGCAUAUGACUACUGUGAGCACUACAGCCCGGACUGUGAAGUACCUGUUCCAGAAUCCCCACAGUCUCAGGACCCCAACCCAGAUGAAUAUAACGUUGAUGAAGAAAGCUAUUAUUAUGAAUACCCCUAUUAUGAAGACAUGGAUAUUGAUGGAAAGCCUACAGAACCAUCCCCAUCACCAGCUGCAGAAGAGGAAACAUCUUAUGUCAAUCAAGGAGAAGGAAAAAUAGAAACAAAAGUUAUUGAAGGUUCAGAAGUAGAGAGUCCAACAGAAGCACCUUACAAGGAAUCAGAAUAUCGAGAGUAUGAUGAAACAUAUGAGACAUAUUACGAUGAAGCAACUACAACUCCAGUUAUUGUAGAUGCCAGCGUGGAUCAAGGCUCCAGAGUUACAGUUGGUUCAAAUGUGGAUCUGGGAUCAAGGAUAAUUGUGGGAUCAAGUGAUCUCGGUACUGGAGUGGACCUUGAGAAAAAGAUUGAAAGUGGUGACACUAGUACUUCUGUCACUGUUAUACAGAAUGGCACCCGAACGGGGAGUAGGAUCACCAUUGGAUCAUUUGGCCAAGGAGGAAACUAUGGUGAAGGCUAUGGUGAAAGCUAUGGGGAAGGCUAUGGUGAAAGCUAUGGGGAAGGGGAGUAUGGUGAGGGGGGUUAUGGAGAAGGGGAAAGAUCUGGUCAAGGAGGUGAGCUCAGUCCGGGUGGAGGUGAAGGCUCUCAAGAAGGCUAUGGCCAAGGUGGUGGAAUUACUCAAGGAGGAGGUACCUCACACAGUUCUGGAACAGGUCAAGGAGGAGGGAGCUCACAUGGUUCUGGUCAAGGAGGAGGGAGCUCACAUGGUUCUGGUCAAGGAGGAGGGAGCUCACAUGGUACUGGUCAAGGAGGAGGGAGCUCACAUGGUACUGGUCAAGGAGGAGGGAGUUCACAGGGAGCAGGGGGCAGUCAAGGAGGCACAAGGACAGGAGUGACUGACGAAGAAGAAUAUACUGACCAGGAAUUUACUGCAGAAAUCAUAAAAGAACUUGAUAAGGAAUAUACAGACCUUUAUGACUAUGGUGAUGCUAGUGAAUUUGAAGAUGUUCAUAAAGGUUCAGCAUUGCCUGCAGAAACUGAUGAUUUUUAUGGACAGGUUGAUGGAGCAAGGGGGGAGAAAGGACAGAAAGGAGAACCUGCAAUCAUUGAACCUGGAAUGCUUGUAGAAGGUCCACCAGGUCCUGAAGGCCCCACAGGUCUUCCAGGCCCCCCAGGUCUGCCUGGUCCCCCUGGCACCUCUGGAGAUCCAGGAGAAAGAGGUCCUGCUGGUCGACCUGGCCUUCCAGGUGCUGAUGGAUUACCAGGACCCCCAGGGACUGUCCUGAUGCUUCCUUUUCGGUUCAGCGCAGGUGGAGACGCUGGGCAGAAAGGCCCUGUUGUGUCUGCACAGGAAGCCCAGAUGCAAGCUAUAAUGCAGCAGGCAAGACUCGCAAUGAGGGGUCCAACUGGUCCCAUGGGCCUAACAGGAAGGCCUGGUCCUCUGGGUCCACCAGGUGUAUCUGGAUUGAAGGGUGAAUCUGGAGAGAGUGGUCCGCAGGGACCACGUGGUCCUGUGGGGCCUCCUGGGCCAUCUGGAAAACCUGGAAGAAGGGGCCGUGCUGGUGCUGACGGAGCUAGAGGAAUGCCUGGACAAACUGGCGCAAAGGGUGACCGAGGCUUUGAUGGACUGGCAGGAUUACCUGGUGAAAAGGGGCACAGAGGGGAUCCCGGUCCUCUGGGUCCGCCUGGCCCUCCAGGAGAUGAUGGUGAAAGGGGAGAUGAUGGUGAGGUUGGACCAAGAGGGCUGCCCGGUGAACCUGGACCUCGUGGUUUGCUGGGACCAAAGGGACCACCGGGGCCUCCUGGCUCUCCAGGUGUUACAGGAAUGGAUGGUCAGCCUGGUCCAAAAGGAAAUAUUGGUCCCCAAGGCGAACCUGGUCCUCCAGGACAGCAAGGGAAUCCUGGAGCACAGGGUCUUCCUGGUCCCCAGGGACCUAUUGGCCCCCCUGGAGAAAAGGGCCCCGUUGGCAAGCCUGGCCUCCCAGGCAUGCCUGGAGCAGAUGGUCCCCCAGGUCACCCUGGCAAAGAAGGACCUUCUGGUGAAAAAGGGCAUGUGGGGCCGUCUGGUCCACAAGGCCCAAUUGGGUAUCCAGGACCUAGAGGGGUCAAGGGUGCUGAUGGAGUCCGUGGUUUAAAAGGCAACAAAGGUGAAAAGGGAGAAGAUGGAUUCCCUGGCUUCAAGGGUGACAUGGGCCUCAAGGGUGACAGAGGAGAGAUUGGGCCAGCUGGACCAAGAGGAGAAGAUGGUCCUGAGGGUCCAAAAGGCAGGGCUGGCCUUCCUGGUGAUGCUGGUCCUAUUGGUCCAUCAGGAGAGAAGGGUAAACUUGGUGUCCCUGGAUUACCGGGAUACCCUGGAAGACAAGGUCCAAAGGGAUCUCAGGGAUUUCAAGGUUUUCCAGGAGCCAAUGGAGAAAAAGGAACAAGGGGAACAGCAGGAAAACCAGGACCAAGGGGACAGAGAGGUCCAACAGGUCCUCGUGGAGAAAGGGGCCCUAGGGGGCCAACUGGAAAACCGGGGCCAAAGGGAAACUCAGGAAGUGAUGGUCCGCCAGGGCCUCCAGGUGAAAGGGGUCUACCAGGACCUCAGGGACCUACUGGAUUUCCUGGACCAAAAGGCCCUCCAGGCCCAGCUGGAAAAGAUGGGCUCCCUGGACACCCUGGUCAGAGAGGUGAAACUGGUUUUCAAGGCAAGACAGGUCCUCCCGGGCCACCAGGUGUAGUCGGACCCCAGGGUCCUACUGGUGAGACUGGACCAAUGGGAGAGCGGGGACACCCAGGACCCCCUGGUCCCCCAGGUGAGCAAGGACUUCCAGGAGCUGCUGGGAAAGAAGGUGCCAAGGGCGAUCCUGGUCCCGGGGGGCCACAUGGCAAAGAUGGCCCCCCUGGUCUUAGAGGUUUCCCUGGAGACAGAGGGCUCCCAGGUCCAUUGGGUGCUCCUGGUUUGAAAGGCAAUGAAGGCCCCAAUGGUCCACCAGGUCCAGCAGGUUCUCCUGGAGAAAGAGGGCCAGCUGGCCCUGCUGGUCCAACUGGACUUCCAGGACGACCUGGACCUCAGGGACCCCCAGGCCCAGCAGGAGAAAAAGGAGCACCGGGAGAGAAAGGUCCACAGGGCCCAGCUGGAAGAGAUGGCAUUCAGGGUCCAGUGGGCCUACCAGGACCAGCCGGACCACUGGGACCACCUGGAGAGGACGGGGACAAAGGUGAAAUUGGUGAGCCAGGCCAGAAAGGAAGCAAAGGAGAUAAAGGAGAACAUGGCCCACCCGGUCCCACUGGUCCUCAAGGGCCAAUUGGACAGCCUGGUCCAGCUGGUGCUGAUGGAGAGCCCGGCCCUCGUGGACAGCAGGGUCUCUUUGGUCAGAAAGGUGAUGAAGGUCCAAGAGGAUUUCCUGGACCUCCUGGUCCAGUUGGUUUGCAGGGACUGCCAGGUCCACCGGGUGAAAAAGGUGAAACAGGAGAUGUGGGUCAGAUGGGCCCCCCUGGUCCUCCAGGUCCCAGAGGGCCCUCAGGUCCACCAGGAGCAGAUGGCCCACAAGGACCCCCUGGUGGAAUUGGGAACCCUGGAGCUGUUGGUGAGAAGGGUGAAACUGGUGAGACCGGAGAACCUGGUCUUCAAGGAGAUGUUGGCCCACCUGGUCCCAGAGGUGAGAGAGGAGAGAAAGGAGAAGCUGGCCCGCCAGGUUCUGCAGGACCACCUGGCCCAAAAGGUCCUCCUGGAGACGAUGGGCCAAAGGGCAGUCCUGGUCCCGUUGGUUUCCCUGGUGAUCCUGGUCCUCCUGGAGAGCCUGGCCAACCUGGUCAGGAUGGCCCACCUGGUGACAAGGGAGAUGAUGGAGAGGCUGGCCAACCUGGGUCUCCUGGGCCUACUGGAGAGUCUGGACCCUCUGGUCCUCCUGGAAAGAGAGGUCCUCCUGGUGCUUCUGGUCCAGAAGGAAGGCAAGGAGAAAAAGGUGCUAAGGGUGAAGCAGGUUUGGAAGGUCCUCAAGGCAAGACAGGGCCUGUUGGUCCACAGGGAGCGCCAGGCAAGCCUGGCCCAGAGGGCCUCAGAGGAAUCCCAGGUCCAGUUGGUGAACAGGGUCUGCCAGGUUCACCUGGCCCAGAUGGCCCUCCUGGACCAAUGGGACCUCCUGGCUUGCCAGGUCUAAAAGGCGACUCUGGCCUAAAAGGAGAAAAGGGUCACCCUGGUUUGAUUGGUUUGAUUGGUCCUCCUGGAGAGCAGGGUGAGAAAGGUGACAGAGGCCUUCCGGGUCCACAGGGAGCAACUGGUCCCAAAGGUGACACAGGUAUUGCUGGCCCGUCUGGUCCACUAGGUCCACCUGGGCCUCCAGGAUUGCCGGGUCCCCCUGGUCCAAAGGGCACAAAGGGUUCAGCUGGUCAGACUGGACCUAAGGGUGAAACUGGUGUACCUGGACCUCCUGGUCUUCCUGGUCCCCCAGGCGAUGUCAUCCACCCACUGCCGAUCCAGUCUUCCAAGAGGAGCAGGAGAGAUAUUGACGCUAGCCAGUUAAUGGAUGAUGGCAACCCUGACAGUUACAAGGAUUACGAUGAUGGCAUGGAGGAGAUCUUUGGCUCACUCAACUCUCUCAAACUAGAGAUUGAACAGAUGAAGCACCCCUUGGGCACUCAGAACAACCCUGCCCGCACUUGCAAAGAUCUGCAGCUCUGCCACCCAGACUUCCCAGAUGGUGAAUACUGGAUUGAUCCCAAUCAAGGCUGUUCCAGAGAUUCUUUUAAGGUUUACUGCAACUUCACAGCUGGAGGAGAGAGCUGCAUCUUCCCAGACAAGAAAUCUGAAGGAACUAGACUCACAUCCUGGGCAAAGGAGAUUCCAGGAUCCUGGUUCAGUGAAUUCAAACGUGGUAAACUGCUCUCCUAUGUGGAUUCCGAAGGAAAUCCCAUUGGUGUGGUCCAAAUGACAUUCCUCAGGCUCCUGAGUGCUUCAGCGCGUCAGAACCUCACCUACAACUGCUACAAUUCCGUAGCCUGGCAUGACCAGACCCUAGACAGCUAUGAUAAAGCUGUGCGGUUCCUGGGAUCAAAUGAUGAAGAAAUGUCCUAUGACAACAACCCUUACGUCAGAACGCUUAUUGAUGGUUGUGCGACAAAGAAAGGCUAUGAAAAGACUGUUCUAGAGAUCAACACACCCAAAGUGGAGCAGGUGCCUUUUGUUGACAUCAUGUUCAACGAUUUUGGUGAAGCCUCUCAGAAGUUUGGUUUCGAAGUGGGGCCGGUCUGCUUUAUCGGUUGAGACUGUGCUAAUUCAUAAAGAAACAUACAAAACAGUAAAACAAAAAAAGAGAAAAUGUCACAUGUGUUAACCGUUGUGUCUCCAAAAAUAAAGAUUUAAGACAAGGAAAUAUUCAAUCAAAAGAGCAACCUUGUAACCUCAGCGUGCCUUUUCUGUCACAUGCAGGUUUUGAAACUGGACAGAUCUGACUGUCUACUGUGUUUUGCUACAGCUUUGCGCAUCCCCAUGCUUUCCUUUCCAGUAACAGAACAGAUUAUUUGGUGUAGAUCAAGAAUCACAUGGCCCAAACAGCCCUGAUGCAUGCCAUUGUGAACAUUAAGCGCUGGGAUGGUAUGUCCCGGAAUUGGCCUCCUCCUUAAAUGGCAGUUCUUUUUUAGGUUUUCAACAUUCACUUUUGUUUUAAAUAUCCAGCCAUUCUCCCAAAUGAUGCUUUUAUAUAGAAAUAUAUAUUUGUUUGUAUGUUUGUAAGUAAAUUUUGUAUAUUUUUUCCUUUUAAUGUGUAAUGACUCUGGCUUCAAAACAUGCAUGUGACCUCCUUUUUUAAGGAUGAAAAUUGAAUUUGAGAAAGGACAGGAAAAAAAACAGCACAUGAGACCAGUUACUAUCUUUUGCUAGAGGUGUAAAGUACAUCUUCUUUUUGUAAUUAAAUAAUAAUAAAAGUAAAAAAAGCACACAGCUCUAUCAUUUGAGCGUUACUUUACAAAAUUGUUUACCACAACAAUUAUUUUCAUUUUCUGUCAUCCUUUUUUCUGAGAUGCCUGUUGUAAACUUGCUUGGUUACAGUUAGAGAUUUUAAUUUAAUUUGGUAAACACUUUCUUUUUUUAUACUUCCAUAUUGUUCUACAAAGUAUAUGUAAUGGGAGAUUAUAUGUGGGAGGGAUAUCACACUAUUAUAAAAAGAAACAUAGGUGCUAUUUUUUACUUCCUUCUGUGGUGCUACAGUAUGUAUUUUCACUUUUUAAAUGUAAGUAAAACACUGUUGAUGCCCUGCCAUGACCAAAUCUCCCAAGAUCCUUAGUUCCUGCUACUUUCACACAAAUAAGAACUUUAUCACAGUUUCUUACUGUUAUGCAUGCCAUUGUUUCAUAUUCAUUCAAAGACAGUAAUUCUUAAAUGUAUCUUUUUUUUAGCUUGUUAGGCCCAUGUAGGAAAACAGGCAAGAGUAAUUAAAUGAGAAAUAACUGCAAUGUUAUUGUAGUAUUUGCAGAUUGUAAUCAAUUGCUGAAUGUGGUGCUAAUUUAUGUAUUAGUUUAGCAACAGAAUUUAAAAAAAAAUCCAAAAAAAGCUAAAAUACUUGUGUAUUAUGGUUCCACAACUUUGUGUUUUGUAAUUUGUUCUCUGUGAGCAAAAAUUGUGCAAUGGUUUAUAUUUCCAUUUUGAGCCUUAGUUGAGUAUUCUAAGUGGCUUUUCAUUUCAGUUUUUUUUCAUUCCUCAAACUUUCAAAACAAAAAUAUAAACAAAGCAUUUUUGUGGCAAUCUACAUCUCUAAGAAUGGCAGAAAAUAUAAAGGUGGGCUGUUUCAAAAUUAUUUCCAGAAAAACUUGUCUUUGCUAAUUUGAGUUACUGCAUAUUGCAUUCACUUUGGAUUACUACGUUUUGAAAGCAUUUUAGACAGAUAUAUUAGAUGGUAGUAAACUUUCACAUACAAUGUGAAAAAAAUUGAGUCAUUGAAUUAAUAUCCUUUCACAAGAGCAAUUGAUUUUUCCAGAUUAAAAGAUUAUAUAUGCAUUACUUGAAACAAAUACUUCUUUUUUUAAUAAAGGCCCAUUGCUAUAAUUGAAGCAGGCAGAUAAGACAUUGAUUAAGGGUUUUGGUUAGAGUUACAUUCUGAUACAGUAAUAAACAGAGGAAUCACAUAUGGUGCACAUGAUUUAAACCACAUUUCUUAAGGCUGCUUGGAUACCAACUUUCACAAGUUGUGACAGUAAAAUAUAAAGCAUUUUAAAAUGCUUGGUAUUAAGUUUAAGACUGCAGUUUACAGUAUGUUGUGCAAACCCCAAAUAUCUAGUAAAGCUUUUCAAUAGCUUAAUUUCUUUGGCACUUGAAAAACUUGAAUACUAGAAGGCGUGCUGCCCACUACCUUAUUUAUGGGAUAUAAGUGUUCUUAUUUCUUGCUGAUGAUUUAGAUUCUGGAUUUUGUUUUUUAUGUAUAUCAGUUGAAAAGACUAGGAAUCCCAACUGAUUGCACAUCUUUGAGUUGGAGGAUAAGCCAAACAAAACUCAGCUUUAACUGUUUUGGUCAUGUGAUUCUUUUUUUUACACUAAUUUUCUUAUGGUACCCUUUAUGUACAUUUGGUCCAUCCAGAAACAACCUAUUAUAAUCCUGCAACAGACCACUCAGCGUUAAUUAAGUUUUUAAUGGCCUAGAAUAUUUUAAUAAUUGUUUAAUAUUUUUGUUUCUUUUGAGCUAUGACUUGAAAAAAAAAUCUGUUAACAACCUAAGGAAUAUGGAUAGUACCAAUAGCCCAAUCUAAAACGUUGCUGUCGAUAACACUUUGUUGUAAAUUUGAACCUACAGAUCCACUGUCAAAACUGUCAUGCAAAUAUUUGUUAUGUUUUUUUUAAGAACUUGUUAAACCUGUGUAAUAAAGGAUAGAAGAUAUAUUGGUUUUAUGUCAAUAAAUUCAAGUUUACUGUGCCCUUCCACUCUUUUGAGGUGUGGCUCUUGUAUGUCUUUUGAAGCAUUAAAACCAAUCUGUAUGCAUGAAUUAAAAUUAUUUUCCCCUGUUGUUAUAAUUUAAAAUAUCUGGAUCUCUAUUAUAUGCUGCUAGUAUUUUUUAAUCCUUUGUUUCAAAAAAUAACAAGUUGAACAUCUUCAGUGUCUACAAUUGUGAAUGAAAGGGAGAGGGUGGCUAUACUGUUAACCUAGUCUCUUCUAGCCUCAUACAGUAUCUUCAUGUUACCAUGUAGUUUAUUUAUUGUAUUAUUUAAGAAAAUUAAUGUAAGUUGUCAUAAUUAGUGUUAAUUAGUUUUAUCAGUAGUAUAACUCCUUUUUUAUUUUAACACUGGGGAGACAAUACCUCAGAAAUUAAAGGUGCUACAGUAUUAGGACAAUAAUAACUGGGCUUCUAAGUACAGUACAUACUUUACCACAGUAAAUAUGAAAAUGUAUCUAGUUAUACUGUAAUAGGACAUGUUGGAGGUGUGUUUUCUGUUUUUUUCCCUCCCCAGAAUAAAAAAAUAAAACUUCUUACAA